CUAGCUCAAAUAUGAUUGCUUCCCAAAUACAAAGCCGAUAACCCUAGCCCGCAUCCGAGUAAAAAAAAAAAAAACGAAAUAGCAGAAUCGGAUAACGGCACAGCAGCAUUUCCUUCUCUUCUUGUCUUCCUCACUCACCACUCACUCCAACAACGACACCAGUAGCAGAAUCGGAAAUCCCUAACACGAGAAGAUGCUAGCAUGCUCUAGCAGCACCCUCCAUGGCCGUGCCACACUUCACCAACCCUCUCACUUCCUCCUCCCCAACCCGCCUCUCCUCUUCCCUACCCGCCGCUGCUACCGCUUCGCCGGCAAAUGCAAGCUCCGUUCUCUCUUUCCCACCACCAAAGGUGGUCUCGGCGGCUUCGCUGUCAGAGCUUCCUUGGAGGAUCCUUCGGUGGUUCCAGAGUCCGCCGUCGACGUUGGUGCCCCGCAACCGUACUCCGUGAAGAUUCCUGUUGGUGACAGACAUAUUUUGGUUGAGACUGAUCAUAUAGGAAGACAAGCAAGUGGUUCUGUUACAGUUACGGAUGGGGAGACUAUUGUGUACACAACUGUUUGUUUGGAUGAUGUUCCUAGUGAGCCAUCAGAUUUUUUCCCUCUUUCUGUGAAUUAUCAAGAGCGAUUUUCAGCAGCUGGUCGCACUAGUGGAGGGUUUUUUAAACGAGAAGGAAAGACAAAGGAUCACGAGGUGCUUAUUUGUAGAUUGAUUGAUAGGCCUCUGCGUCCUUCUAUGCCUAAGGGCUUCUACCAUGAAACUCAAAUAUUAUCUUGGGUUUUAAGCUAUGAUGGAUUGCACUCCCCUGAUUCUUUGGCUGUCACUGCAGCUGGUAUAGCAGUUGCGCUCUCAGAAGUGCCUAUGUCAAAAACUGUUGCUGGAGUUCGAAUUGGUCUUGUUGGUGAUAAGUUUUUAGUAAAUCCUACAACUGAGGAGAUGGAAAACUCUGAGUUGGACCUCUUGCUGGCUGGCACAGAUAGUGCAAUAUUGAUGAUAGAGGGUUAUAGCAAUUUUCUUCCAGAAGAGAAGUUACUUGAAGCUGUAGAAGUUGGUCAGGAUGCUGUUCGAGCAAUCUGUAAAGAGGUAGCAGCUUUGGUCAAGAAAUGUGGGAAACCAAAGAUGUUUGAUGCCAUCAAGUUGCCUCCUCCUGAGCUUUAUAAACAUGUUGAAGAAAUCGCUGGUGAUGAGCUGGUAAAAGUUCUUCAAAUUAGAAACAAAAUACCAAGGAGGAAAGCCCUUUCAUCAUUAGAAGAAAAGGUUAUUAAGAUACUUACAGAAAACGGGGUUGUCACAAAUGAUGCUACCCAAAGGAGUAAUACCGAAACAAUUGCGGAGAUUCUUGAAGAUGAGGAUGAAGAUGAGGAAGUUAUUGUUGAUGGUGAAGUUGAUGAAGGUGAUGUUCAUAUAAAGCCAACUGCUCGCAAACCAACCCCGUUAUUUUCGGAGGUAGAUGUGAAGUUGGUAUUUAAAGAAGUCACAUCAAAGUUUUUAAGGAAGCGCAUAGUAGAGGGGGGGAAAAGGAGUGAUGGGCGGAAACCAAACGAAAUACGUCCAAUUAACUCUAGAUGUGGGCUAUUACCUAGAGCACAUGGAAGCACUCUUUUUACAAGAGGCGAAACACAGUCACUAGCUGUUGUUACGCUUGGAGAUAAGCAGAUGGCACAACGGAUAGACAAUCUUAUGGGUGUUGAUGAAUUCAAGAAGUUCUAUCUGCAGUACUCCUUUCCUCCUUCAUGUGUUGGGGAAGUUGGCCGGAUUGGUGCGCCAAGUAGACGAGAAAUUGGUCAUGGGAUGCUUGCUGAGAGGUCCCUAGAACCAAUUUUGCCUUCUGACAAAGAUUUCCCUUACACUAUACGUGUUGAGAGUACUAUAACAGAAAGCAACGGCUCUUCAAGCAUGGCUUCUGUUUGUGGAGGUUGCUUAGCAUUGCAAGAUGCUGGGGUUCCUAUUAAGUCAGCGAUUGCUGGAAUUGCGAUGGGUAUGGUACUGGACACGAAGGAAUUUGGUGGAGAUGGAACUCCACUUAUUCUGUCAGACAUAACUGGUUCUGAAGAUGCGUCUGGAGAUAUGGAUUUUAAGGUUGCUGGGAACGAACAUGGCAUAACUGCAUUUCAGAUGGACAUUAAGGUGGGUGGAAUUACUUUGCCCGUCAUGAGAGAAGCACUUCUACAAGCUAGAGAUGGCAGGAAGCAUAUACUUGGAGAGAUGAUGAAUUGCUCGCCCCCUCCAGCAAAAAUCCUUUCCAAGUAUGCUCCUCUGAUUCACAUUAUGAAGGUUAGGCCUGAUAAAGUAAAUCUUAUAAUUGGUUCUGGUGGGAAAAAAGUGAAGAGCAUCAUUGAGGAGUCCGGAAUAGAGGCUAUUGAUACAGAUGAUAAUGGCACGGUGAAAAUAUUUGCAAGGGAUUUGUCUAGUUUAGAGAGGUCUAAAGCUAUGAUUAGUAAUUUGACAAUGGUUCCGGCUAUUGGCGAUAUAUAUAGGAACUGUGAAAUCAAAUCAAUAGCUCCAUAUGGAGUUUUUGUAGAGAUAGCUCCUGGACGAGAGGGACUUUGCCAUAUUAGUGAACUGAGUUCAGGUUGGUUACCCAAGGCAGAAGAUGUUUUCAAAGUGGGAGAUCGUAUUGAUGUAAAGCUUAUAGAGAUAAAUGACAAAGGACAGUUGCGUCUUAGUCACCGAGCUCUGCUUCCUGAUACAGAUCCAGACAAUUCAGAUUCAAAUAGCCAAGCAAAAGAUGGUAUAGCUGAGGAGAAGAUUGAACAACCUAAGGAUAAGAUUAACACUCCCAAAGGCGACUCAUCUAAAAGGAGUUCAAGGGACGAUUCGGCACUUCCAUCAAAAAAGUUUAUCAGGAGAAUGGUCAGCCCUUCCCAGGAUAAACCUGUCACUAACAAGGACAAGAUAAAGAGGAGUAGCAACAAAGCAGAGUCUGACAAAGAUGAAAGUAGUUUGGUUAGUGAAGAGGCGUAAAAAGAUAGCCGAAAUGUUUGCGAGAAACUCAGCAUAGUGAUACCUAUGAGAAAAAAUUUGGUUUCUUAUGCACACGAAGGCCGCUGAGGUUGCGAGCUCUUUCAAUCUAACAGAUGAACGAUUAUUGACAGCGAUGAAUUUUUGGCGCAUCUGGGUGCCCGAACCUCAAACAUAAGAACCUAUGUAAGUCUCACUUUCUAAGGCAGAUCUUGCUUGGGGAGGAAAGGUGCAAGAGCUUUACUGUUCGAUUCUCCUUUUGUACAGUCUGUAUAUCUUACUGUAAUGCUUCAGAUGUUUGUAUGCGAUGAUGAACACAUCUCUUUGGGAAUUUUGUACGUUUCUUCUCCCGAUGAUGCCUGUGUGCCUUCAACCUGCCUUUAUACCAUAGUGUUUUUAAUUUUUAUAAGUUAUACUUUUAUUUGAAGUUUAUCAUUGGCACUUUUCAGAUGUAAAAUAGUGUAUUAAAUUAUUGUUAUUAAUUUUAGCA